CAGGGGUUCUUUAAGUCACAACUGAAAGAGGAUAGAUCGUAUAAAAGUUAUUCGCUGUGAACAAGGAUUGGUGUUGGCGACAACUACAGUAUACAGCCUGUUCUCAUACAGCGUCUCGGUUUUUGGAGUAACUUCGCUGUUCCGGCAGUGCGGCUUCGCACAUCGACAGACUCUUUUUCUGUUACAGAUGCGGUGUCGUUCGUGAGCAGUGCGGAGGAUUUUACAGAAUACAAAAAAACAGUGGUGUUUUCAGGCUCAAAGACGCAUUUUAGUAGAAUGUCACAUAGAAACACUGCGGGCGAACCGAAGGGGGGAGUGGACGAGACUCCAGCAACAGGCAGAAACGGAGAGGUUAAAGAAUCAGAGGACGUUGGGGAAAGUGUUGUGAACACUCGGGUAGUCUGCCGCGUGUGCAAACACUUUUACCGGGACCCCAAAAUCCUGCCGUGUUUACACUCUUUCUGCGCCGAGUGCAUUCGUCAAUUGGAACCGUUUUCCGUGUCUGCCGUUAACGGGAAAGACGGUUCUGCACAGCGCGCGCCGCACCUCCGCGAUGAGCACUCGGUCACGGUACUCUGCCCCGAGUGCGACUCCGAGGUGGACAUCCCGCCAGCAGGAGUGGACGGGUUAACCACGGAUCACCUCGCCCUGGACGAGGUGUUUCUGGAAACGGUGCUGAGUGAAAACUACGAGCUGCUCUGCGAUCUGUGCGGCGAGGGCAACGCAGAGAAGCGCUGCGCAGUGUGCUGUGCUAACCUGUGCGAAUUCUGCUGCCAAGCGCACAGGAGGCAGAAGAAGACGUCGGCGCACACGGUGCAGAGUUUGCGGGACCUGAAGGCGCAGGGCCGCCUGGCCCGCCCCCUCCUGUGCCCCGCCCACCCGGGGGAGGAGCUCCGGCUCUUCUGCGAGUCAUGUGACCUGGCGCUCUGCCGGGAGUGCGCCGCGUCCGGUCACCGCGAGCAUCAGUGCGGCUUCGCGCGCGACGUGGUGGAUCGCCACGGCGACCGUAUCCGGGGGCUGCUGGGGGGGGUGCGGCCGCGGCUGGCCCGCCUGGAGGAGGGGCUGCGGGCGGCGCUGAGGGCCCAGCGGGCGCUGGAGGCCCGCGCCCACGCCGUGGCCGGGCAGGUGGAGCGCUUCCGGGCCGCGUACGUCCGCGCGGUGGACACGCACUGCCGCGCCCUGCUGGAGCAGCUGUGGGCCGUCCGCUCCCACAGGGGCGCGGGGCUUCACCUGCAGCGCGUGCAGCUGGAGCAGGCGCUGGCCGACGCCCGGGCGGGGGUGGAGUUUGCGGAGCGGCUGCUCACCUGCGGGAGCGAGGUGGGCGUGCUCAGCGCCGGGGGCGUGGUCAGCCGCAGGCUGGCCAGUCUGGCGCAGGAUGGGCGUGGCCUCCACACCGUCGUCGCCCCCGACGACAGGAGCCUGAGCUUCCUGCCCGAUGAGAGGGCGGGGGAGGUGGGGGGGUACCCCAUGUUUGGGGUGAUUCACGCCCGGACCGUGGACCCCAGCAAGUGUGUCACACAUGGAGAAGGGCUGCAGCGGGGGCGGGAAGGGCAGAAGGCGGAGUUCACGCUUCUCUGCCGCGACACGUCCGGGGAGCCAAUGGGACGGGGCGGCGAGGCUGUGCUGGUCAGCAUCGUCCACAAGGACAGGAAGGACUGUGUGGUCGAGGCGACGGUGGGGGAUAACGGUGACGGGUCGUACAGUGUGUCCUACACGCCCACGGAGGCGGGACCUUACUCUGUCUGGGUCUGCGUCAAAGCCCAGCACGUGAAGGGCUCGCCCUUCCUCCUGGCCGUGCAGAGAAGGUUCCGGAGGCACAGCGGCUCGUUCCACUGCUGCUGUUUCUGCUCCAGUGGGGGGGCCAAGGAGGCACGCUGCGGCUGUGGGGGGAGCAUGCCGGGUGGGUACCAGGGCUGUGGGCAUGGACACAGGGGUCACCCAGGGCAGCCGCACUGGUCCUGCUGUGGGAGUGUGCUGGAGGGGUCGGAGUGCACCGGGCCGGGGGGGUCUGCCCCUCGCUCCCCCCGCUCCCCCCGCGCCCCCCGGAGCACCCUCAGGACCGUGGAGCUCUGACAGACAGCGGGGGGGGUGAGAGUGGGGAAGAAGGGCUAGGGGUUAAUACUGUAUAUACAGCAUACAGGGACACACACGCUCAUACACACACAGCAUUACACUCUGUUAAACACAUUAUUGGCAUUUGGCAUUAUUGGCAUGCACAAACACACACGUCCUAAUCUCUCACACACACACACACACACACACACGCACGCACACCCUAAUCUCUCACACACAUACACACACACACACACACACACACACUCACAUACACUCACACUCUCUCACACACACACACACACACACACAC